CUACUGCCGGCCCCGCGCGUAUCCGAAGCUCCGCCGCUGCAGGCGCCAUGCAGCACAGCGCGGCGCCCGCCGUGCUCGUCACCACCAGGCAAAUUCAGAAUACACACACAGGGCUGGAUUUGUCAGUGCCAGAAUACCAGGAAAUCCGUGGGAAGAUGAUGUCUGGCCACGUAGAGUAUCACAUCUUCGUUGUUACCCGUCUGGCUGCCUUCAAAUCAGCAAAGCACAAACCUGAAGAUGUAGUUCAGUUUAUGGUUUCCAAGAAGUACAGUGAGAUAGAGGAGCUCUACCAGAGGCUGACAGCACGAUAUCCACAGACUUCUCUUCCACUCUUGCCUAGAAAAGUUCUCUUCGUGGGGGAAUCUGACAUCUGUGAACGAAGAGCGAUGUUCAAUGACAUCAUGAAAUUCAUCUCGAAGGAUAAGAAUCUAGCAACGAGUCCUGAGUUACUGGAAUUUUUAGGAACAAAAUCUACUAGUGCUGUUGACUUCAAGGGUAAAAACAUUCCUGAUGACAAAGAGAAAGAAGAUGAAGAAAAUGAGUCAUUGGAUUUUUUCAAGGAAGAGAAGGCACGUGACUUAAUCUCACAGCUUUCAUCAUUGGAAAAUGCCAAGAAAGGGGAGAAAAAAGAAGAUGAAGAGGAAGAAGAAGAGGAAGAAGAUUUAGACCCUCUUGGUAUAAUCAGAACUAAAAAACCAAAGAAGGCAUCUGCUUCUCCGACCAAGGAAGAGAAGCCCAAAUUGACCAUUUUUGAAGAGGAAGCAGAUACAGAUGAAGGACUUUUUGGCCCAGAAAAAGAUUUCACAUCAAUUGGUCCCAAGAAGAAGAUGAAAGAGAAUCUGAAACUAUUUGAAGAUCCAGACCUUGGUGGGGCAGUAGCACUGGGUGACUCACUGCUACUGCCAGCUGCCUGUAAGAACAGAGAGUAUGUGCUGAACACGGGUCCAGAGGAGGACACUGAGGAACUGCUGAGAGUUGAAGACGAUUUAGAGCAACUCUUGAAAGUAACCUCCAAACCAAAACCUAAGGUACCAUCAAAACCACCAGUGCCUCAGAAGCCAGCAGUUGCCCCCAGGAGCACUAUUUCGCCGCCACUGGCACAGCCAGAGGAAACCAAGAUUCAGACCAUGGAUGAAGUGGACAUUCUCCAGUAUAUCCAGGAAAAUGAAUCUAUCAACAACCAAGAUGCAAGUCUUUUUUGAACAUAUGCAUUUUAGAAGUGUAAUGAUACCUUCUUGGCUUAAACUCCCAGUGAGCUCAAAUGACAAUGGCAAGAGCUGUCCAAAUGUCUUCACUGUCACAGUGCUCACUGGAGUACCACGAUAUAGAGAGGACCAAGUUUGACUAGCAGAGCCUCAGCACAUUCUUUUCAAAACAGUGCAGUUGUGGUAUAAUAUUGCCUUAGAUUCUCAGGGUUUUACAGGGAAUGUGGACAAGAACAGAGCACUACAAAUUGUCUGUUACUAUUUUAAUAGCAACACAGUAUCAGUAUAUAUAUAUCUCUUCAGUUUCAGCCAGUUUAGUGCUGAUGGAAAAUGAUGAGCAGGUUGCACAGGUGGCAACUGAGAAUAGUGUCCAACAAAAGGUCUGAGGCAGGACAGAAUGUUAUUCCUGUCACUUUAGACAGUUCAUUUCAGCUCACUGGAAAGGUAAUUUGCCUUUUAUCCUGAGCACUUUUGUAGCAGCCUGUUGCUCCCUGACUGGUAUUUCUGUAAUUUAACCAGGAACUGUUAAGUAUAGGUAACCAUUCCUCUGUAGUUUUCAUGGUUUGACCCUCUGCUGCCUUUGUUGUGCAAAUGCCAAUUUGUAAGAGAAUUUUUAGGACUGCAAGCACUAAACCUAUGCAUCACUGACCCCUGGGAACAACGGCAAGUAGUUGAAGAUGAUGAAGAGUGCAGCUCCAGACAUACAUGGAGGUUGCAGUGGGCAGGAGGUUUGGAUGCUGUAGGACUCUCAUGAACCUACUCAAAAUUCACAAGGGCUAAUUUUUUUCCAGCCAAGUCUUCCUGGGCUUCCCCUGUACUUAACUGAGAGAAAGAGAUUUCUGCAGGAAGUGAUUCAGUGCAGGUGUCCUAACGGAGGAACUCUAAGUUACUCUCUGGAGUCACUCACUCUCACUUUCUCCUUCCUGUCUCCCAGAAUGUAAAGAAGCCACGGAGUUUAAUUCCCCUAAGCCAAAAUGAUAAAAUAGUGAUCUGUUCAUUACUAUGGUUAAUGGUUAAAACAGGGGAGGACAAACUUGGGAUUAUCCAAAGGAAAAAAUAGGAAGAAAAUGUACUGGAGAAAUUUUGAUAUGCAGGAGAAGAAAAAUGUGGUAGAACAGGCAUCCCUGUUCUACCCUUUUUUUUUUUCCCACCUCAGGCACUCUGGUUGAACAUGCUGAAUUUACAUCUAAUGUGGAGUGAUACCUGCUGUCAUGUAGAAGGAGAUUCCUGAACUCAUUCCAUGUAUGUUCUAUUCAGAACUCAAGGUCCCCAGAGGGAAAAUAUUAGUAUAUUUAAGCCAUAAUACUAUCUGCCUUUCUGAUCUAGAACAAAAUCAAUAGAAAGCAUUUUACAGAUAUAUAUAUAUUUAAUAAAAAAUAUUAGUAUUUCCUUUUUAACCAUUUAAAAAUAUGAUAAAGGUAUUUUGAUUUGAU